AUGUUUCGCGCCCGCCGCUACCGCGUCUUGCUCGUCUUCGCCGCGGUUUUCGUCCUCACGACCCUCCAUUUCGCCCGAUCGCGCGAUUGGAAACAGACCGCCGUCAUCGAGACCCCGGCUGGCGAUCAUUCGUCACAAUCACCUCCACCUCCGCAAGUUCCGGCACAGGAUAACAGCAAGUCUCCAUCACCCCCGAAUAGCAAUUCCCCUGGGUAUCCGCCGCAAAAUGACUUCAAGUCGCCUGUUGGACCGGGUAGUGCGAAGAACGAUAAGAAUAAGGAACCUGGAUUGUCACAUGGGUCCGGGUCUGGGUCUGGAUCUGGGUCUACUGCCUCUACCGAUGCUUCACUGAAGUCUCCGGGCAGCGGUAGCUCGGAUAGCUCAAAUGAGAAGAAGCCUGGGAGCAGCAGUAACCAAUCGCCUACAAUUAUAGGGGAUGCAUCGGACGAAUUCCCCGAGGAAAUCGAUCACGGCGGUACCGGCAGAUUGUCCGUUCAUAAGCACCCCAACGGCCCUGCAGCGCACUGGGUCAAGACACCCGAGCGAUUCCCCAUUGCACAAGGUGAACUGAUCCAACUCCCCAAGGAUAUGUCAAAAGCCAUGCCCAAGCUUCAGGCCAAGCCCAAGGAUGAGACCAGCGCGGACAAGCAGGAGCGACUGCAGCGAUUGAGCACUAUUAAGGCCGAGUUCAAGCACGCUUGGGCCGGAUAUAAACAAGUGGCAAUGGGACAUGAUGAAAUCAAACCUCUCUCCGAGAGUUUCGACGAUCCGUUCAAUGGUUGGGGUGCGACGCUGGUUGAUUCGCUGGAUACCCUGUGGAUUAUGGACUUGAAGGAUGAGUUCUCGGAGGCUAUAGAUGAGGUUAAGAAGAUUGACUUUACUACCUCUCCACGGGAGGAUAUCCCCGUGUUUGAGACUGUGAUCCGCUACCUGGGAGGACUUCUCGGUGCUUAUGAUAUUUCGGGGCAGAAAUACGAGGUGCUGUUGGAGAAAGCUGAGCAGUUAGCCGAGGUUCUAAUUGGCGCCUUUGACACGCCGAACCGCAUGCCUGUCCUAUACUAUCGCUGGACUCCUGCUCAUACUAAGCGCCCUCAUCGGGCGUCAUCCAAGGCCACCCUGGCCGAGCUUGGAUCCCUCUCGUUGGAAUUCACCCGCUUGGCCCAAUUGACCAAACAAGACAAGUACUACGAUGCAAUUGCGCGUAUUACCAACCGCCUCGAGGAAUUCCAGGAUUCGACGAGUGUCCCAGGCCUGUGGCCUGUGCGAGUGAAUGCACAAGGCUGCGCCAAGUACAGACCCAGUCGGGAUGCUGGCAAGCCUAUUGAAGACGAUUAUGAAGAGUUUGUCGCGACAAAUACUUCAUCUUCAGGUGUGGCUACGCCUACGUCUUCGCGCGCCCGCAAGCCGUACGCUGCCCCGACUGAUAUCGACAGCUAUAUCCGCUUGAUUCAGCGUCAGACCGACAUCGACCUCUCGGAAGCAGAACUUGCGCCAUACAACCGCGGUGGCAACAGCGCUAGCAGUGCGAGCAGUACCAGCAGUGAUAGUUCUAGCAAGGCUACCUCUGAGGACUCGACCUCCGUUACUGAGAAAUGCGACGGCGGACUAGAGCUCCCUCUGUCACUCCGUGAUAACAGGUACGGUCUUGGUGGAUUGGCUGAUUCUACCUACGAAUAUCUGCCCAAGGAGUACCUCAUCCUAGGCGGUGCGAACGACCAGUACAAGAAGAUGUAUAAGAAGGCAAUGGACGCUGCUCGCAAGAACCUUGUUUUCAGACCCAUGGUUAAGGGCGAGCGGGACCUCCGCUUCAUGGCGUCUACCAGUUCGCUUGACCCCACGAAGCCCGGUGUUCUUUCCUCUACCGAUCUUGAAUACGAGAGCACCCACCUCAGCUGUUUCCUCGGCGGUAUGGUUGCCAUGGGCGGAAAGGCAUUCGGCAUCGAGAGCGACCUUGAACUGGCUGCCAAGCUGACGGAUGGCUGUGUUUGGGCGUACGAGUCGACCAACACCGGAAUCAUGCCUGAGCGAUUCCGCCUGUUGCCCUGCAGCAAGGACAAGUCUUGCGAGUGGGAUGAGAAGCUCUACCAGGCCGAUGUCAAGAAAUACUCGCACGUGUUGGACUCGGAGGCCGAAGCGCGAUUCCGCACUGGCGAGAGCACCUACGGUCAGCGAGUGAAGAUGAAUACCGAUUUCAAGCCCCAAGAGCUCGGCGAGAACGGCGUUGCUGUGCCACUGCCCAUGCCUGGCUCCAUGAAUCCGCAUGACAAUAACGCUGCCUACAACAAGCGUGAUGCCGUCACUGCCGGACGGGGCGCAGCAGUCCCUGCCUCCAACCGCGAGGCGCCCCGCCCAGCAUUCGUAUCGCAGUCUGAGGGCAAUGAGAUCAAUGACCGUUUGCCUUCAGGUAUGACCCACAUCUCGGCGCCAGAGUACUUCCUCCGCCCUGAGGCUAUCGAGUCCGUCUUCAUCAUGUACCGAUUGACUGGCGACGAUACCUGGCGGCGGAAGGGGUGGAAGAUGUUCGAGACAAUCAUCAAGUAUACGCGGACAACCGUGGCGCACGCUGGCAUUAAGGAUGUCACGGCGCCAAAGCCCGCGCAGAAGGAUGCGAUGGAAUCCUUCUGGACAGCGGAAACGCUCAAGUACUUUUACCUUCUGUUCAGCGAUCCCAGUGUAGUGGAUCUGGAUAAAUAUGUGCUAAACACCGAAGCGCAUCCCUUACUACGCCCAGUUUCAUGA